UCCGAACAUGCAGCCAAAGUUUCACAUGUAUGUGCUCGCAUUUUGUCUAAUGCAUCAUUGUAACCAUGACAAGAUUACUGUGCGUAAGCAUACGUGCCAAUAAAAGCUCAUUCGAAACGAUUCGAACGAAUCACCAGAAAGGACAGAUUCAAUAGAACGAUUCCUUCGCGAAUCGGACAUCACCACUUGCGCUUUCAGCCGGUCAUUAUUAUUGCUCAGGAUGCCUAGCGACAGCAGGAGAUAUGUAGAUGGAAAACGCUGCAUGGCUCAGAUUGCGGAGGAUGCUGGCCAACGAGACGGUAGAUGCGUCGCGUCUGUUUUGGGAAUAUAAACUGAGAACAAGUUCAAAGGAGCCGCUUCGGAGGAUUUUGCCGAGCGGUCGCGGAUGGAGGCUGCACAUUAGUGGUCGUUAUGAUCUGAAGGCUGAAUACUCGUUUCCCAAUAGACAGACACUGAUGACCAAAUCAAGAGGGAUGGAAGAAUCGUGAACUUGUGAACGAGUGGACCCUAUUACAAAUUACCACCUGUUAAAUACCAGCAGAUGUGGAGCGUUUGUUGGGCCUGACGGCAAAAUCCAAUACAGGAAAAAAGGAAGAAAAAUCAUCCCUCAACCAGCGUCGCAAAGAAACACCGCCGCUAUCCCCAUGGCUCGACCUCCUCGCUUGCUGUGUUGAUGAUCUUUCCCUGGAGGGCUGUUUCCGUGACCUUAGCACAUGGAUUUCAAGACUUCAAAUGAAGAGACGAAGACUGGGACUUACUUGCUGCAAGAUGGUAAUGAGGAACCUUUCAAUAUCCGUCUGCACCUGGCCAAAGAUAUUCUGACCAUUCAAGAGCAAGACGUCAUCUGUGUUUCUGGAGAACCCUUCUACUCAAGUGAAAGAACGGUAACCAUUCGACGACAGACCAUCGGAGGGUUUGGUUUGAGUAUCAAGGGUGGAGCUGAACACAAAAUCCCUGUUGUGAUAUCUAAAAUAUCAAAAGAACAGAAGGCUGAACUCUCUGGUCUACUGUUUAUUGGAGAUGGCAUACUUCAGAUAAACGGCAUUAACGUCAGGAGCUAUCGGCAUGAAGAAGUGGUACAGGUCUUGCGUAAUGCGGGUGAGGAAGUUACCCUGACUGUAUCGUUUCUGAAGAGGACGCCUGCGUUCCUGAAACUGCCACUCUGUGAAGAUUGUUUGUGCAUACCAAGUGACCAGAGCAGUGGAACAUCAUCGCCGUUGUGUGAUAGUGGUCUGCAUCUGAACUACCAUCCUAAUAAUACGGACACUUUGUCCUGCUCGUCUUGGCCGAUGUCUCCCGGGUUGCGGUGGGAAAAGAGGUGGGUGGACCUGCGACUGAUCCCUCUCUUACAUGCACGUUUGUCCCAGUACGUCCCAGGUUCUGACAUCUGCAGGCAAAACGCCUUUCAAGUCAUCGCUGUUGACGGUGUGUGUAGCGGUGUUAUUCAGUGCUCUGGUGUUGAUGAAUGCUCAGAGUGGCUUCAAGCAAUAGCUUCCAAUAUUUCUGCUUUAACCAAGCACAACGUUAAGAAGAUAAACAGAAAUUUUCCAGUAAACCAGCAGAUCAUAUAUAUGGGCUGGGUGGAUGAGAAAGAGCAAGACUCAGUUCAGGACCGAAUGUAUACGCCAAAGUUUCUUGCCUUACGGGGUUCAUCACUCUUCAAGUUCUCAGCACCUCCGGUCACCACAUGGGACUGGACGAGAGCAGAGAAAUCCUUCACCGUCUAUGAGAUCAUGUUCAAGAUUUUGAAGGAUAUCGAGCUGGUGGACAAACGGAAACACUGCUUCAGUGUCCAGACGGACUCAGGGGAGGACAUCUUCUUCAGCGUGGAGCUGGACUGCGACCUGCUUGUCUGGGAGAAAGCCUUUCAGAUGGCAACGUUCUUCGAAGUGGAGAGAAUACAGUGUAAAACAUACGCUUGCAUAGUGGACAGUCAUCUCAUGGGACUAACCAUCGAUUUUAACAUGGGCUUUGUGUGCUUCGAUGCUGCGUCGAAGGUGGUGCUGUGGAGAUACAAAUUCUCGCAGCUUAAAGGAUCCUCAGAUGACGGCAAAAGUAAAAUUAAGUUCCUGUUCCAGAAUCAAGACACAAAACUUAUUGAAGCGAAGGAGCUCGAAUUUUCCAACCUGUUUGCGGUUCUUCACUGCAUUCACGCUUUCUUCGCCGCCAAGGUGGCUUGUUUGGACCCCAUGUUUGUUAGCAGUCAAAACGCCACCAUGGCCCCUGUGGUGUCGACAGCCUCCACUUUAACGGCCACCUCACAGAUAUCUAAAAUAAAGUACUCGAGCUGACAGACUCCUUCUUUCCAGACAUUCAGAUGAACUAACCUCAAACUACAGACUCAGUUUUACGAAGGACAAAGACAAUUGUAGUGUGCCGUGGAUUUCUGAUGGGCAACUCGAUGACAAUUACAGGCUCAAGCCAUUGUGCGGACAAGUUGGGAUAUGAACUCCAAGCACUGAAUUUGACCUUUUUGUUGAAGUUGCAAACGUUGGCAAACAAAACAAAAGUGUUCAAAUAAACCACGGAUCCUUUUCUACUGCAGUUACGUGUUCAUUAGAGAAUUAGACUCCUCCCCUUUGAUAUCAAGGUAGGCCUGUAUUUGUUUGCAUUGACUGAUAUUAAAAUCUUUGUGCAUUCUUUUAUAAUAUUAUUUAAUCUGGUUGAUAAUGAAAAUGUCAUAAAUUAUCUCAAGCAUCUUGAAGACAUCCAGCCACCAUAUAUACAAGUACACGUAAGGGUAAGAAAUGAACAAUCUGACGCAAUCUGAAUGUUUUUGCCUUUUAGGAGGAAAAUAAAUCAAGUAGAUGUAUAGGCAACAUUUUUAAGUCACUAAGACUCCUGACUGCCUAAAGAAACCCAGAAGAAUGUGUUUUAUUUUCAUACUGCACCUAUUUUGCUACUCUUAAGUCCUUUACAGGUUUGUGAAGAUGGUGAAUUGAAUGGAUAUGUAUGACGUGAACCUUCAUAAGGGAAUGAAGUAUGUGCUAAUAAAUGAACGAUUGCCUUUAUGUCCUUUAUCUGAGAGAAAUAUAUUAUUCUGCAUUUGCACAUGUUAUAAACUAUCAUCCUGUUAAACAGAAACACCCCUAUUUAUUUAAUACACAAUCCUAGUCUUAUUAUUAACAAUUCAUCAGAGCAAAAAUGUUUGUCUUAGUAAUAAUUUUUAAUUAAAAAAUAACAACUUGCUCUACCUCUGAAAUAAAUUUGCUGUUGUCACCUAAGCUGUGAAAGCUCAUUGGUUAUAAGAUGUGAUCAAGCAUUAAGGCCAAUAUUUAAAAUAGCAGUCACACUGAACUGAACCAAUUAUAUCUAGUCUUCAUUUUCCCAAACGUUAUUUAAACACUUGACUUUAUUUCUGGUGUGUAGUGUCUAUGCAAUAGUUUACGAUUGGUCCUGUCUUAAAAGAAAGAUGGUAUGGAAGAGAUCUGUAAGGCUGCAUUUUUUUUUACAACCUAUGAUUUGUUUUAAUAAAGAUGUAUAG